AUGGUGCGCUGUGUGACGUUUGAGAUCCGAUGGCACGACACGCUGCCCAUCUACUCGUGUGACUUUCAGUCGAUUGCGCCUGUGCGCCUUGCGAAAGUGCUGGACCAUAAUCUCGGCCAAGCCGCUGGACUGCCGCCCGGACACGACUUGGCUGGCGACGGGAGCGAGGCGCAGAACGAGCACCAAGCGCCGAUUCUCGCUGGUGGCCAGAGCUGGCGGCUAGCUACGGCCGGUGGCGAUAAUAAUGUCCGCAUUUGGACGAUCCAUCCGAAUAUCCCCUCGCCCGCGGCCCUUGCCGCGGCCGGCGCGUCGGGCACGCCGGUGCAUCCCCCCCGGGCGGAGUACGCGGCGACGCUCUCGCGGCAUACUGGUGUCGUGAACGUCGUGCGCUUCUCGCCGGCUGGCGACGUGCUUGCGUCGGCGGGCGACGACGGCACCGUCCUGUUCUGGGUGCGCAGCGACCAAAUGCGCCCGUCGUUUGGCGAGAGCCAGUUUGGCGCCGAUGGCGAGGCGCUGUACGAGAAGGAGUCGUGGCGCGUGCGGAUCAUGACGCGUGCCACGUCGCAGGAGCUGUAUGAUAUGGCAUGGAGCCCCGACGGGGAAUCGGUCCUUGUCGGCGGCACCGACUUUGCGGCGCGCAUCAUCAACGCGGCCGACGGGACCGUCACGCGCGAGAUUUCCGAGCACCAGCACUAUGUGCAAGGCGUGGCAUGGGACCCCCUGAACCAGUUCCUCGCGACGCAGAGCAGCGACCGCGCGGUGCACCUCUACAACCUCGUGCGAGGACACAAUGACACGAUCCGCGACGUGCAGAUCGCGAGCCGGCACGCCAAGGUCGAUGUCGCGAGCAGCGACAAGGACGAGCGUGCGUCAGAGAGCGACGCGAAGCCGUCGACACGCGAAAGCACGCCGAUGCCAGCGCCGUCGCCGGCGCCGACCGAUUCGACGCACGCGCAGUCGCUCGGCGCGCCGCCGACGCCGUCGCGCUCGCCGUCGGCCGCCUCGGGGCGGUCCGCAUCGCCCGCGCCCUUGCCGUCGAUCCGUGCGCCGCCGUCGCCCCGCGAGCGUAUGCUGGGCGCGCCGACCGCGCCGGGCGCGUCGGCGCUGAAGCUGUAUGGCGACGACCGCUACAGCAGUUUCUUCCGCCGCCUCGCCUUUUCGCCGGACGGCGCGCUGCUUGCGACGCCCACCGGGCAGUACGCGCCGCCGAGCGCGAGCGAGCAGCGUGCGGGGCAAUCGAGCGCCGUGUACUUGUACGGCCGCGGGAACUUUGCACGCUCGCACGCGCCGAUCGCCGCGCUGCCCGGGCACAAGUCGGUGACGCUUGUCGUGCGCUUUUCGCCGAUCCUGUACCGCCUGCGGCACCGCGCCGAGGCCGCGCCGCCGAUGCCCGACGUGCCGCUCGAGCCCGGGCAUGUGCGCGAAGCGAGCCUUGCGACGGCGGCGGCGACGAGCGCGUUUUCGCUGCCGUACCGCAUGGUCUAUGCCAUUGCAACGCAAGAGAGUGUGUGGGUCUAUGACACACAGCAGGCUGCGCCGCUGUGCUGCUUUAGCAACCUGCACUAUGCGUCCUUUACGGACCUGUCGUGGUCCCCCGACGGCCAGCUGCUGAUGAUGUCGUCCUCCGACGGGUACUGCUCCGUGGCCGUCUUUGACUACAACGAGCUGGGCCGGCCAUACAACUACACGCUGCAGCCAUCGCUGCGCCGCGCCCCGCGUGCCGAGGCGUCGAUACCCCAAGAAGCAGAGCACGCUGGCCACGCCGCGAGCCACGCCGCGAGCGCGCCGGCGCCGCAGGCUGCACAGCCGGCAGCGCAGCCUUCCGCCGAACCCAGCCACGCACCCCCCACCGAGCUCGAGGCCAAGAAGAAAAAGCGCCGCGUCGCGCUUACCUUUGAAGGCCCCCUCCAGUCGUAG